CGACUAGCUCGUAGAAGAAGCAGCCCUUCAAAGCCAUGAACGCCCUGAGCACCGUCCUUGUCUUCCCUGCCUUCGUCGCCUGUGCCGUUGCUGGUGGACUCUUCGGUGGUUACGGCCUAGGUGGCCUUGGAUACGGUGGAUAUGGCCUUGGCUACGGCGGCUAUGGCCUAGGUGGUCUUGGAUAUGGUGGAUAUGGCCUUGGCUAUGGCGGCUACGGUGGAGGUUUGGGAUACAGGUGGUGGUGCGGGAGUCGGUGGCGUAGGCAUCGGCAGCAGCGUCGCUCUGCUCAGCGGUGGACCUCCAUUUGCGAAAGCCGUGGCUGGACCAGCCUUCGUCGUCCGAACGGUUCACCACGUGAACAAAGUGAGCGGCGGAGGCGCUCUUCUCGCUCACUCUGGCCUCGGCGGUGGAUACGGAGGUGGCUACGGAUAUGGUGGUGGAUAUGGAGGCAACGGAUAUGGCGGCGGCUACGGGUAUGGUGGUGGAUAUGGAGGUUACGGAUACGGCAGCGGCUACGGAUAUGGCAGUGGAUAUGGAUACAAGGGCUAAAAAUUAGAGUUUCAAUAUAUUUAUUUGUUAGGUAAUUACAAGUUCUCACGAUAGUUUUAUACUCCAAGACAGCAAGUUCAUCAGCCCCUGCAACUAUGGCCAGGAAUGACUCACAAACUUUGUCAAACAGUCCUGAUGUGUUUUUUCACGGAAAACCUUUGAAUCACGGAAUACAUUGCACAUCAGUUCUCAGACGAAAUAAAAAAACUGUUCAUACAAAGUUA